ACACUGGUCAAAACACAUCAAAUCUUAGAUUGACGAGACAAGAAAUAAAAAAGGAAAGUGAAGAAUCACAACUGAAGACGAAGAUACACUUAAAUCGGAAAAAUGGCAGCAGCUCCGUCAAAAGAACGCGAGAACUUCGUUUAUCUCGCUAAACUUGCCGAACAAGCUGAACGAUAUGAUGAGAUGGUUGAUGCAAUGAAGAAGGUCGCCAAUAUGGACGUUGAAUUGACUGUGGAGGAGAGGAAUUUGCUUUCUGUUGGUUAUAAGAACGUCGUAGGUUCAAGGAGAGCAUCAUGGAGGAUCUUGUCCUCUAUUGAACAGAAGGAGGAGCAAAGAGGAAACGAGCAGAAUUCAAAACGGAUCAAGGAGUACCGACAUAAGGUUGAGAAGGAGCUCACCGACAUUUGCAGUGAUAUCAUGACUGUGAUUGAUGAGCAUCUCAUUCCCUCAUGUCCUGCUGGCGAAUCAUCUGUAUUUUACUAUAAGAUGAAAGGAGAUUAUUAUCGCUAUCUUGCAGAGUUCAAAAGCGGUGACGAUAAGAAAGAGGUUUCUGAUCUUUCAUUGAAGGCUUAUCAGUCAGCUACAACCACCGCUGAGGCUGAAUUGCCACCUACCCAUCCCAUUAGGUUGGGUUUGGCUUUGAAUUUCUCUGUUUUCUACUAUGAGAUCCUGAACUCUCCUGAAAGGGCAUGCCACCUUGCAAAGCAGGCUUUUGAUGAAGCAAUAUCAGAGUUGGAUACCCUGAAUGAGGAGUCCUACAAAGAUAGCACCUUGAUUAUGCAGCUUCUAAGGGACAAUCUCACCUUGUGGACUUCUGAUAUUCCAGAGGAUUCAGAUGCCCAAAAGGGAGAUGCGGCCACAAGCAAAUCAGGAGCUGAGGGUGCCGAGUAAGGGGCUAAACAAUUAGAACCUACUAUGUGUAUUUGGACAAGGGAGGAUGAUGAUGCACCGAGGGGUGCGAGUUAGUUAGGGUCAUAAUAGAUGCUUGUAUUAUUGGCGUGUCUUGUUAUAGUUUGUUUGAUUGUCAGUUGGAUGUCUGCAUAUGGUUCGAUUUUGCAUCCCAGUGCUAUUUCCCUCCCUAAUAGAGUGAGUUGUUCCGUCUUGUCGAUGGUCUAUAGGUAGUUUUAGUUUCAGAUGACUGCCGCAGCCAAACGGAGAAUACCAGUUUGUUUGUCCUCUCAACCUCUAUGAUCUAAAUUUCACCAAAUUUUAAUA